AUGCCUUCUAUUUCAAGCAAGACCAGACACGAACCUCGUGUUUUAGCUGCCAUUUUUGCAAGUUUCUUUUUCGUUUCAUCAUUAGCGAAGCUUCAACGUUUCAAUCACCCGUUAAAACCAGAUGGCUCCCUCAGUUUCCUGGUUGUUGGUGACUGGGGAAGAAGAGGAUUUUAUAAUCAAUCUCAAGUUGCUCAACAGAUGGGAUUAAUCGGAGAGCAGAAAAAUAUAGACUUUGUAAUCUCUACAGGGGAUAAUUUUUAUGACAAUGGCUUGAAAGGAGUGGACGAUCCAGCAUUUUCUGAAUCAUUUACCAAAAUCUACACUGCUCCAAGCUUGCAGAAGCAAUGGUACAGCGUUAUGGGUAACCAUGAUUACAGGGGUAAUGCAACAGCUCAGUUGGAUCCCCUUCUUACAAAAAAAGAUAGCAGAUGGCUUUGCUUGAGGUCAUUUGUAGUCAAUGCAGGAGAAAUUGUGGAAUUCUUCUUCGUUGAUACAUCGCCAUUUAUAAACGAUUACUUCAUAAAUCCAGAACAUGUCUAUUACUGGGACGGUGUGGCUCCGAGAGUCAAGUACCUUGAAAGUCUGUUAAGGGAUUUGGCUUCAGCACUAAGAGGUUCCACUGCAAAAUGGAAAUUUGUCGUCGGUCACCAUCCUAUCUUCAGCGCAGGACAUCACGGGAACACAAAGGAGCUGAUAAAGCACCUAGCUCCACUGUUAAAGUUUCAUAACGUUGAUGCUUACAUCAAUGGGCACGACCACAGCAUAGGACAUAUCAGCAGCAGAGAUGGCAGAGUGCAUUAUCUAACGAGUGGAGGCGGGUCAAAGGCUUGGAGAGGUGAUAUAAAGAAAAUGAAUACAGAUGAAUUGAAAUUUUACUACGAUGGCCAAGGUUUUAUGACAGUAGAAAUGACCGACACAAAUGCCCAAUUUGAGUUCUAUGAUAUCUUCGGCAAUAAUUUGCAUCAAUUGAACAUCAACAAAAAGAGUCAUUCCGCUAUGUAAAAACACGAGAAUUAACUGUAGCUAGUAGGUGAAAUAUUAUAUCUAAUUUUCAAGCACAGAGGUCAAGCCUUAUUUCCAUGGUUAGAUUGCUUCUAACAUAGCAGACAGUAAAAAAGAUAAAUAGGGGAAGACUGCAUAAAUAAAGGCUCCCCCUCUGUCCUCACAAACGAGAGCAGCUUGUACAGUUAGAGACACCCUCGAUAGUUAAAAAUACAGGAUAGAUUUGAAAAUGAACCGAAAUCUAUUGAAACAAUGUACAGUAUGCAAAAAUUUAAAACUUCCGAGCUGGUUUGCAGUAUAAAUAAAGAUUUUAAAUUUAUCUUUUUCUACUAA